AGAAUAGGCUUAAAGAAAAAGCAAGUACACGAGGUAUAUGGCAUGCGGAGAUUACAGCCCAGCCAUCAACACGCACGCAAUUAUGUAUUUUGAUUAGAAUUAAUUUAAUCUUAUAAAACAUCGCAGAAUGGUUGUUUUUACCUGCCUUCAUUGUGGCGAUAUGCUGCAAAAACCUAAAGUGGCGAAACAUUAUGAAUUUAGAUGCCGUAAACCAGUGUUUGUCACGUGCACAGAUUGUUUAACGGAUUUCCAAGGAAAUGAGUAUGUAACCCAUACCAAAUGCAUAAGUGAAGCAGAACGUUAUGGUGGGAAAGAUUAUGUUCCAAAGGCUAGUGCAAAUAAAGGAGAACGCAAGCAACAAGAAUGGAUUGGUAUUGUUAACAAUUUAUUGAAUGGAACAGUUAAUUUGUCCAAUGCAGAGAGAAAUUUCCUCAGUAGUUUAUCACGAUUUGAAAAUAUACCAAGAAAAAAACCUAAAUUUCUUAACUUUGUGAAAAGUGCAUUAAGUAAUCGUGUAAAUAUGUCGGUUGUGGAAAGUAUUUGGAGUAAAAUGGAAAUUGCCCAUAAGCAAAGUCAACAUACUAUUACAAAACCUCAAGAACCAGAUAAUGAUAAAACAAAUAAAAUUGACACAAGGAUGAGUUCCAAUAACUUGGUUAGUAACAAUCAUCAGGAUAAUAUCAUUGAUAAUCAAAACAAUGAAAAUAUAUGCAAGGAAUAUGAUUCUGCACGACAUCAAAAGAGCAAUGAUAAAGAAUGCAUGACCAAUAGCAUUAUGGAUGAAACUCAAACUGUUACUAAAAAGAAGUCUAAGAAACGACAAAUGGCUGAAUCUAUUGAAACACAGGAGGAACAACCUGCUACAAAAACCAAAAAAACAUCUGUCCUAGUAGAAACAAAUAUUUGUAAAAAUAAAAUGCGUAAAGUAUCAUUUUAUUGGAGACUUGCAAUUUUGGAGAUUGUUCAAAAUAAGGGUGAGAUAUCCCUGAAAAAACUUCAAAAAAAAGUUGUUUCACUAUAUUUACUUCACUCUGUUAAGGUUUUGGAUCGUGAUAAGGCUAUUGCAAAGUUUCAUAGAAAAUUGAAAAAAAUACCUGAAAUAACUGUUUCGGAAAAUAUAGUAAAAUUAGUGAAACCAUGUAAUCUCUAUGUACAGGAAUAGGAAAUGCUAUAUACAUGUGUGUGAAAGAAGAAAAUGUGAUCUCAAUCAUUGGCUGACAAGCUAUCAUUGUACAAAUUAACUUACAUAUAUAACAUCGCUGAUCGCACACAUGUUUUAUAUUCAUAUUUAGACUUUGUUUUUGUGGGUUGGAGCUGUGUGCAAAACCAGCUCGUGAUUUUUUACGAAUAUGAACGGUUGUUAUAUUGUUUAUUAUGUAAAAA